UCAACACGUCAGUGCAUGCAUGUAAACCUAGAUAAAAGCUUCUGUAAACUCUUUAUUGUGUAUCCUAUAGUCGGAUAAGAACAAUGCAAUAGCGUUGAUCUCUUUAACUGUAAUCCGUUAAUACCGCCAAAUAGGUCUGCCAAUUAAGACGACGGUCGACAAGACUUGCACAAAUGAGGAAUGUGGAUUAAAAUCUAUUGAACUGUGGAUUUAUUUAUUUAUAUUUAUUUAUGAAAAUAGAAUUUUUUGUGUCGAUGAUUAAGCAGAAGCAUCAUACUGGUGUUUUUACAAUGGACUUUGAGCAAAUAUUUUUAGUGAAGUGGUGAAAUGUUAAAUGGAACUAAGCUAGCACGUGUUUGGUGUUUUUUUUUAUUGAAGUUGAUGUUAAAUAAUUUAUAAAUCAAGUGACGUUACCAGAGCUUUUCUAAAGACGAAAACAAUUUAUUCAUUGAGCGAACAAAAGCGAAAAAGGCAUACAAGCUUAAAUAUUUAUUUAGGUAAAUAAAGAAUCAAAUCGGGUUUCUUUAUGUCAGACAUAAUUUAUGAUACCGCAUAGUUGCUUUCGGUGAUAAAUGAAGUUUUUAUUGAUUCCGAAAUCGAUUGCGAUUGAAAACGUUUAUUCUCAUAGUAGAAUUUCAAUUCAAAACCCCGAUAAAAGUUUUAAUCGCCGUAUCAAGAGCGUAUGAAAAAAAAACUGAAUUUCAUUACUUGUAUUACUCGAAUUAAUCGAAUAAUCAUAGUGUUAACAGACGGUGUUCUUCAAGUUUGUUUUUUUUUGCUUUGAAAACACUUAAAUACUAAAUACAUGCAAAGCAAAAUAUUUAGAGAGUCGGCAAUUGUUAUAAAUGAAGUUAAACAUUACGCUACGCUAGAUCAAGAGAAGGGUGAUAACGUAGUAAGCUAACGUAUAGGGGGACGUACAAGAGAAGGGUGAUAACGUAGUAAGCUAACGUAUAGGGGGACGUACAAGAGAAGGGUGAUAACGUAGUAAGCUAACGUAUAAGGGGACGUACAAGAGAAGGGUGAUAACGUAGUAAGCUAACGUAUAGGGGGACGUACACAUCGGAGAAGAUUUAGCAUCACUGUGUCCAUUACGACUAGAUGGGAAUACAAAAGUGAUAGUAAUAUAAAAUGGCAUGCGAUUUUACUAAGUCAAUGUUUUACGAUCGCAGCGUCCAGGCCUCUGCUAAAGCUUUACACAGAUAAAUGUAUUCCUGAGGAAAAUACUUGUUUGAGCCAUGGCUUCCCUGAUCUCCACAAUCGGAGAUCUUCUGCUGUGUCCGGUGUGCAAGGAGGUGCUGAGGCAGCCGCGCACGUUGCCAUGCCAACACAGUCUGUGUCACGACUGUUUGAAGACGCUCAUCUCAAACAUCGACCGCCUGGAGCAGAGUCACGGGGACUUCCCGUGCCCAGUCUGUCGGAGCGUCACUAAACUCCCAAAGGCGAGCAGCAUCGAGAUCCAGGUGGUCGCGUUCCCCAUUAACCGCCUCGUCCUUUCCAUGAUGGACGCCAUCACGCAGCAUAAUGACGACUGGCCGAAGUGCAAGCUGCAUCCGGACAAAUCUGCCGAUCUCGUCUGCGUAACGCACGAUAUCCUCGUCUGCAGCAAGUGCAUCCUGACGAGUCACAGACACUGCCGCGUCCUGGACAUGAACGAUUACGUGAAGAGCACGUACUACACAACAAAGUGCAAUGACAUCAGCGAGAACCUCAAACGCUACAGAUCUCACUUGGGUCUCGUCAUGGACGAGAUCACCACGAAGAUUGACGACGUUUCGAGAGACGAGGAGAACGUGAUUCUGGAGCUAAAAUGCUUGCGAGAUACGUUUAAUAGCGCAUUUGAUUCUCUUGAAGAAAGGAUACUCACUAAAGGAAUGAACCUCAAAAAGCAGGGGGUGUCGUGCUUGCAGAAGCAGAGGACUAUGUUGCAGGAGCUCCGCACGGACCUGGACACGUCCCUGGGGGAGGUUAAGGAGGCGAACGAGUCGGACAUCCCGUCAAAGCGGCUACUGGCGCUGCGCACAGCGGAGGCGAACCUCAAGAUGGUGGACAUGGAGAUGGGCAGCGUCUCACUUCCGCUCACCACCUUCAAGCUACAGUACAAACCAUCGUUGUCGUGUGAUGUGAGCGCCAAGAUGGAGGCCUGUAUGGUGAUGCUGAAGGACGCCGUCGACGUGGUAACGGAAGAACGCAGCUUCGAGAUACCACCACUUCCGCCAUCUAUCGUCACCCAUCCACAGACGCCGCGAAAAUCUCCCGCGCAGUCCCGAAACAAGCGUCCGCCAACGGACGUAUGCGCGGUAAAGGUGAACGCAUUUGGAGUACGUAUGCACAAUGAUAAGAGUCCGUGUGACGUCACGGGAUCUGCCGUAAUGGCGGACGGUCGUCUUGUGUUGGUAGACUAUAACAACAAGAAACUAAAAGUUCUUGACAGCGACUUUAAGCUGAUAUCUGACUUCAAAACGGACGGUGCUUCAUUCGACGCGACAGAGGUUGCGAAAAACCAGGUGGCCGUUACGGUGCCAAAAGAGAAGAAGAUACACUUUCUCAGUCUGCAAGAUGGAAUGAAGGUCUCAGACAGCAUUCAGACCCGACUUGAGUGCUGGGGGAUUGAUACGGUAGACGACAAGCUGGUUACGGUUACCAAUAGCGACGACCACAUGAUCUUGUUCCUCAACCGAAAGGGCAUUGAACUCAUUUCCUGCAGUCUCGGUUCCCAGGACCCCAACAUGAAAUGGCCGAUUUCCGUGUGCGCGGAAUCAAAGGACCGAAUCUACGUGUCGUGCCAAGGAGAAGGUGACUCUGAGGAAAUUAAUGGCUGUCUCGUGGUCAUCGACGCUGCUGCGCAGGUGCGGAGCAUGUACAUGGAUCCGGGACUGCGCAAACCGACCAGCUGCACGCGGGACGACGAGGGGAACGUCUUCAUUUGUGGUCUGACCUCGGCAAAUGUGCACAUCAUUCAAAAAUCUGGCGACCGCCUGGGACAGGUCAUUUCCGGCCUCAGUAAGCCGAUACAUGUGAAGUUUUGUCCUAAUUCCGGAAGUGUGUUGCUCAUGGAGAGGUUCUGCAAUGACGUCAGUGUGUAUCAAAUGCAGGAAUGACUAGCAGACGCCGUCACCAGAUUCUAGGCUUGCUCUGAACACGCGCACGAUAAAUUUAGGCUCGAGAGGUUUGCUCUGUGACACAACAAACUGUAAGCCGUUAGUUUAAUGCGGAUUUAUACUAUGUAACCAAAUACAUCGUAGGAUAAUUCAAACGGUGGUCAGUCAUGCAAUAAAAGUUCUUAUGCGACUGCACUCACAAGACAUUUUGAAAAAAUAAAGAAGGGACGAAUGGCCUGGCAUGUUUACUUUUAAAAGCAAAUAUGUUGCAUUUUCAUGUAAAGCAUAUUUGGAUAUACAUGUUGUUCUUACCUUCCCAAAAUAUCUAUGUACUUUCAUUUAUCGGCAAUUAUCAUUGUGUAAUGUGCGUAGAACUGGUAGAACAAAUUCGUAUGUGUUUCUAAAUAGCUUUUCUCCCCUUAUGUAAGGUUGGAAGGAGCGAGCUCCGGAUAGCAAGCGUUCAACGUAAUGUGAAGUAUGCAGUGUUUGAUAUUUAUUAAUGAAGUAUGUAGAGCAAACAGAUAUGGUCAUAAACCAUUGAUAUGCAAGAUUAUAUAUAAUAAACAUCGAAGACCUUA